GUGAAGUUUGAGGUUUAUAGCACAAGAAUGUACUUCAAUAUAUUGAAGUUACUUUCCACCACAAAUGAUGCAUGCAAUAAAGGAAAUAAUAAAAAAAAUUAAAUAAAAUGCUAAAUGAAUCCCGCAGCUUUUCUACUGUUUGUGGCUUUUGUGUGACCUUUCACUGAUGAAGCACGUUGUUUUAAGCCACAUGGAACCAGUACAGCACCCAUUUUUGGUGUACUGUUAUUACAGAAAACUUCCCCUGAAAUGUAUUACAGGAUUACUAUUGGUCUUUCUCAUAAUGAGCUUCUCCAUCUUCCAGAACAAGCCAGGAAAUCUUCAUGUAAACAUGGCAUGCAUCCACAGCUGAACUGAGUCAUAUCCAGGGCAGACUGCAGCCCGCAGACUGAACAGAGCUGAAACGUGAUGGAGUAAUCACCGAAGCGGCACAAAAAAGGGAUAAUGUCUAGUGGGAGGGGAGAGAAGAGAGAGAGGCUGAGAGAGAGAGACCAUGUAGAAGAGUUGAGGCAGUUGGCCUAGAUGUGUGAAACGCCAGGGGUUGCUUUUUUGGUUCACUGGUUGACGACCAGGGGCAACUUAAUUGUCGACCAAAUGUAAUAGGGGUAAUUCUAACCCACAAAACUAAGAGAAAAGUUUCGCAGCCCAAACUUAAGCGGUCUUUUCAAAUAAUGUGCAAACUUUAGUCUUGGAGGCAAGCAUCCCUGGUCAGUGUGCGCGCAGAUCUCAUGCGUUAUCAUGGGAAUUACUGGUGAAACAUGUAGACUGAAACAUUAACACAAAGAUUUAAAUCAAUAAUUUCCCUGGACGGUCAGAGCAGCAUUCCGCUCGAUUAAUAGCGAUGGCCUUGGAGGCAUUCAGCGACAUAGGUUCAUCAAGAGGCGCUCAUGAAAAAUAUCCUCGGGCAGUGUUGGAGCGCAGCGGCUAUGUGAGGACAUGUGUCACCCCCUUGUACCGGGACGAAGGAAGCCAGUCGUGGUUGAGACUCGCCGUGACAUGGGCUUUCCGAAGAGUGUCGUCUGCGGUCUGCGUUGCCUUCAUCUCCGUUAUUCUCGCUCUGCUGCUCAGAUUGGUCGACUGGGAUGCAGGCAGCAGCAGCAGCAGCAGCGGAAAUAGCAGUGGCUCCGGCUCUCGUUUCCAUUUAGCGGCGGGCUGCGCUGUGGAGCUGCUUUUAACUGCGUGCCAUUGCGUCUCUCCCGUUUUUACACUCGUAUGUGCCUUUUUCUGGGUCUGGUUCUUUUUGCUUCGCUGUGGGGUGCUAAUCCGGAGCGCGUUGUUUUUGUUAGCGGUGUGCCACUUAGGCGAAGCAGCGGCACAGUCUCUCCUCCGCGGCGCCGAGGAGCAGCUGCUGUCCUUAACCGCAACCCUGGUAGUCCUCGGCUGCCUGGGCAGCGGGGCUCUGCUGGUCGUCCGGCUGGGACAGGGAGUGUCCAUCCUCGUCUUCAUUAGCGUCAUCAGGGCUGUCUCCCUUGUUUCUCUGAGCAGAGUCCGGGCCAGUUGGAGACCUUACCUGGCCUACCUGCUGGGGCUGCUGGGGGUUUUGCUUGCGAGGUAUGCUGACCGGCUCUUGCCGGCCUCAGGGACCAGCGGGACGGGGUGCUGUGGCUCUGUGACCGGGGCGAAGGAGGAGGACAUCCCUGUCUUCAAGAGGAGACGGAGGUCCAGCUCCAUAGCGGCCUCGGAAAUGAUGGCUCACAGUCAGAGCAACAGCAAGUCCCUCCGCAGGACUUCGCUGCCUUGCAUUCCGCGGGACCAGAUCAUGUGCCAGCCAGAGUGGGACUACAAGAGACCUCUGAGCAGAUCCCAGUCCUCGGGUACCAGUAUGGUAGUGGACAUUGCAGUGAUGGGGGAGGCCCAUGGUUUGAUCUCGGAUCUGCUGGCAGACCCUUCACUGCCCCCAAACACCUGGAGCUCUCUGAAGGCUGUCAGCAACCUCCUCAGCACCCAGAUCAACCUCCAACCGCUCCACCGACCUCGCAUUCCCACAGACACACAUACCUGUUCUGACUCAGAGGACGGGCCUGAAAGAACAGAGAGAUUGGCCAUUCCAAAGCGUCUAAGGAGGAGUUUGCCCCCAGGAUUGCUGAGGAGAAUUUCAUCAACCUGGACCACAACCACCUCAGCUACAGGACUGCCUACCAUAGAACCAGGUCCUGUCUGCAGAGAUCGCUCAGCCAGCAUCAAACACACUCCAGACAGCAGUGAUUUGUGGAACAACUCAUUGAUGAUGACCAUCUCAAAGAGCCGCUCCAUGUCUGCCUCCUGUGCUGCCUCCGUCACUUCCAACCACCUAUACAGCAAAAUAGAAAGACCAGGUUUUCCUCCCUCCAACAUAUCACCUCUGGGCUCUCCGUGCCCAUCUCCUCCCGUCCAGGGAACUCCUGUAUCCAGCCCUACAAUAAAGACAUGUUUAGUGCAGCUUCCUGAGCCGGCUGGGCCCCUCACAGAGCGGAUACCCGUCUAUGUGGCCCCUAAGAGCCAUCACAGAGCCUUAACUCACAGCCAGAGCGCCCCGAGCUCCACCACCAUUCACUGGCGGCCUCCAUCACUCUGCGGCAGUUGUGGGAGGCCGUAUAACAAUCGACUAAACCAUGAGGUAGAAUCUAUUGUAAAAGGAGACAGAAUACCCCUUCCAGAUGAGCGUGUAGUAGCUUCAUCAGACUAUGACAGCACCUACGACAGCACUUAUGAGACCAACCACAGUGACAGCAGCGACUUUGCACAGAAUGAGGAGGAGGGAGAAGGAGGCAAGAAGCCACCUGAAGUGAGGGAAGGUUGCAGGGAGUGUCCGACAAAGGGUGUAGUUCUUCACCCACUCCUGCCAUCGCCAGAGGACCAGCCAAUCUCUGACCCUGAGGCUCUGAUAAUGCCAGGGUUGGAGCCUCUGAUGAGUGAACUCAACAACUGGAACUUUCCCAUUUUCAGUCUUGUGGAGAAGACCGAAGGCAAGACAGGCUGCAUCCUCAGCCAGGUUUCCUAUAAGCUGUUUGAGGACACGGGUCUGUUUGAGACCUUCAAGAUUCCCGUUAAGGAGUUCAUGAACUACUUCCAUGCUUUAGAGAAUGGAUACAGGGAUAUACCAUAUCACAACCGGAUUCAUGCCACUGACGUGCUGCAUGCCGUCUGGUACCUCACCACUCAGCCGGUGCCAGGCUUGCCCACGCUGCUGACUGAGAAUGGAAUACACACUGACUCAAAUGGCAUUACAUCUAGAUCAACAAGCUUCCUGAGGUCAAAGAUGAACUUUGUGGUUGAGGAGGGCUACGGCUCUCUAGCUGGUCUUAUCCCUGGCCUGGAGCUCAUGGCCCUGUAUGUAGCUGCUGCCAUGCACGACUAUGACCAUCCUGGAAGAACAAAUGCAUUUUUGGUUGCCACCAGUGCUCCACAGGCUCUUCUGUACAACGACAGAUCAGUUUUGGAAAACCAUCAUGCAGCUGCAGCUUGGAACCUCUUCAUGUCUCAACCUGAGUACAACUUCCUUGUUAACCUUGAACAUGUGGAGUUUAAACGAUUCCGCUUCCUUGUCAUUGAAGCUAUCCUGGCGACUGACCUCAAAAAGCACUUUGACUUCCUCGCAGAGUUUAAUGCAAAGGUGGGUGAUGAGGGAGUGUCUGUUAUUGACUGGACCAAUGAGAAUGAUCGAUUACUGGUGUGCCAGAUGUGCAUCAAGCUGGCUGAUGUCAAUGGACCACUGAAGUCUAAAGAGCUGCACCUGCAAUGGACAGAGGGGAUUGUCAAUGAGUUCUAUGAACAAGGUGAUGAAGAAGCUAACCUGGGCCUUCCCAUCAGCCCUUUCAUGGACCGGUCUUCCCCACAGCUCGCCAAACUGCAGGAGUCUUUCAUCACUCACAUAGUGGGCCCGCUGUGCACCUCCUACGACUCUGCAGCUCUCAUGCCAGGACUUUGGGUCGACCCGUCUGAGAGAGAGAUGGAACCAGAGGCGGGAAAGGAAGGACAAGACACAGAAGAGGAGGACACAGCAGAUGAAGAAGCAUCAUCAGGCUCUGACACCUCCCAUCAGCAAGAAACCAAAAAGGUGCGCAGGAGGAAAGUGUUCUGCCAGAUCAUGCAGCACCUUUUGGAAAACCAUGAAAUGUGGAAACGUCUGAUUGCUGCAGAAUCCCCAGAGAAAACCCAGGUAGAGAAGCCAAACUGCAUAGGGAGUACAACUGAUCCAAUCACGGCAAUUCGUGAAGAGGAGGAAGAGCAAGCAAGCAAAGAGGAGGAGUCAGCUGAUGACCUGGAUGAAAGGGAAGAGGUGCCAGCUAUAGAGGAGGAAGAAAUCCUUCCCCAGUCAGAGACUUUACGGGAAAAAGAACAGGAACCAGAGUGAGAUUUUAAACUUUGAAACUUUUCUUAAACCAGGAAUUUGACCGCUGUUUAAAAAUGUUUCUUUCUAUUCUAACUAAACUCUUGAUAUGGUAGCCAGCACAUCACUUUGACACAACACUGUAGAAGAUGUUUUGGGUAAAAUGUGCCUAACAAAAACAGGGUUGAGGACUGGGGUGAUGCAAAAUCUGUGCAUCUGACAUGGAGAAAGACUCGAGAUACACAAAAGAAGAAGUGACUAAAGGAGCAAAACAGAAGAAAUACAGAAAUCAGCUGUUAUUCUUUUAAGUUUAAUGUUUGUUUGAGACUCGUUUUGGCGCCCUGGCCGCACCCACACCACCCAUCCAGCAUUGUGGGCCAACCAUGCUGAUUCACAGAUUCCCUCCAACACUGAGUAACAUUCUGUCACAGCACCCCACUCUUUCUGCUGCUCCCAUGCUAUCAACACUGUGGAGCCACCCAGCUGGCCAAGGAUGUGCAAAAAGCUCCUUCUUGAGGACAAUGGGAUAAAAGCCAGGGAAAAAGCUGUGUCCACUCAGGCUCAGCCAUGUAGAUCAUAUUCAAAGAUUGAAGAAAGAGCCAGUAGUAGUGCAUUGUGUAUACAGACAUACACCCACACAAGUUUCACACACAAAUACACACACAUAGUGCUAUAGCAGAAACACAUUCCAUGCUCUAAACAGAUAGGAAGUGUGACAAAGAACCCCAUUGUUCAAAAACCUUUAUUCUAGUACAAGGAAAAACAUACAAAAUAGUGUUUUGUCCAGGUCAAACAAUGUUAGAAGUGAUUUUCUCCCUGUCUUUUGUUACUCAGCACAGUACACCUACAUGUUUUUAGACUGGACGACUCAGGAAGAAACCUGUAGUGAAGCAGGAACACAAAGGACACUCAGUGCUCUUGUCCUUUUACAUGUCACUGUUAACUCUUCUCUCUUUUUGCUCUCAGAGGUCUCCAACUACUAAUCUGUUAUUAUCUUGAGGCAACACUACAGUAACUACACACUAAUUGGUUACAGUAGUGUGAAAAGACACAUAUUAAUCUUAAUUACAAUAAAUUAAUGAUGUCUAAUUCAAAAGAAAAAUGAUAUAAUAAGGCAUUUAUUUAUGUCACACGUUUUAGAAAGUUUAGCUACCCACCAUUGCGAGUCAGGCCAGAACUGAAUCAUAGCUCUAAAUUUUCCAUCAAAAUUUACAUUAAUAAGACAUUUUAAGCCCACUGACAUCCAGCAGUUGCCCACAAGAAACAAUGCAGGUGUACCAGUCUACAUAACAGUUAUUAUUACCCCAA